UCUAAUUUAUAUUUUCACCCUGAAAGUGACAAGUUGGAACUUGUUUGUUGUUUAAAAUAUUUUGGAUCAAUAAUAGUUUUUCAUUUGUUAUAUCAUUUGGAAUUCAAGUAGAAUAUGCCUACUGUAAAAUAAAGAAAUGUCCCAGCCUCAACAUACAGAAUUACAUCCUCCCUCCAUGUUUCAAUCAACUAAACCACCAGACCCAUGGAAAGACUUGGCCAAAGUUUCUCAAGAAAUAUUAGAAUUGAGAAAAGAAACACAGAAUUUAAGAAAUAAAGAUAAUGCUGUUGCUCCAUCAACUCAAACACAUAUAAAAGAACCAGUUGAUACAAGCUAUUUUCACCGCUAUACUGGUCCAGAAGAAUUUAAAUAUGCUAACGAGUUGAUUAGUCGUCAGAGUAAAGAAAUUUUAGAUUUAAAGAAUGAGAUUCAGCGAUUAACGGAUAAACAUAGACUAGAAAUUAGAACUACUGAAGAUCAACUUGUUGAGAAAGAAAGAUAUUAUACAUCUAGACUUACCUCCCUUGAAAACAUGUUACAGCGUAAAGAAGAAAAUUACGAUCAAGAAAUUGAUAGACUGAGUUUUGAACACGAAAAAACAACAGAGGCAAUGACUGAAAGGAUAAAUAACCUAACAGAAGAAUUACAUCAAUUAAAGAUAGCGAGAAGAGAAAGAGAGGAAGAAUUAACAACAAAAUUAAAGUCCUGUGAGGAAGAAAGUAAAUCAACAGUUGAACACUUAAAAGAUAACCUAAGAGAAAAAGAGAAAGAUAAUGGUAGUUUAAUAAAACAAGUUCAACAGCUAAAAUCUUAUAUUGGUGAAACAGAGAAAUCUCACAGGCCGACAGAAGUAUGGAGAAAAGAAAACGAUACAUUAUCUAAUAAAUUACAGAUCUGUGAAGCCGACCGUGAGAACUUAAAAUCAACAAUAGAUUUAUUAAAUGUGAGGUUGACUGCCAUGGGUGAAAUCCUUGCUGUUCAAGAAGCAGAAAUAUCUAAGAGUAAACUUGGUGUCAUUGAUAAGAAAAAUUUGGAGAAUAUUCUAUUGACAAGAUGGCGCGAAAAAGUUUUUGCUCUGAUGGUUCAAAAUAAAUCAUCAGAAAUCUACGUAAAGAAAAAUGUAGAUAAUUGGAAGAUGAAAUAUUUGUCGUUACAAAGUCAGCUUCAGUCAUCGGAAAGACAAACAGAAAUUUUACAACAUCAAAUAUCAGAAAAAACAGCUCAAAUUAAUCUGGAAAAAAUUAACUCAAAGAAAGCUUUAGAAGAAUUAGCUCAAACUCAACAAGUAGCAGUUACAUUAGACAACCAAAUGAUAGAAAAUACUAAUCAUUUACAGUUACUGAAAUCAGUCUCAGAAAGUGUAGAUAACCAUGUAGCUGAUACAGUCAAGAAAAUCUCUACAUCUUUAUCCAUGUUAAAAUCUUAUGGUGAAAGAAUCAGUUUUGCUAGUAGUCGAGUUGAUCUCUUACAAGGUCAGAUGGCAAGAAAAGAUGCGUUGUUAAAACUAGAGGGUAAAGUUGAAGUAAAAGAUAUAGAUAUAGAUAGUACAACUAGUGAUCAUAUACUAGUAGAGUUACAGAAAGUAACAAGAGAAAGAGAUUUUGUUACAAAUCAACUAAAACAAGUCUCUCAGACAUUAAAUGAUAAAAUACAAGAAAAUAAACAACAAUAUGAGAAUGAGAUAAUUACAUUAAAGAAAACCGUAGAAGAUUUACAGAUUUGUCUACAAAAUAAAUCACAGGCAUUUGAGAACCUGUCAGAAAGACUAGAAGACAGGGAGUUAGAACGAGAAGAGAUGAAUGAAAGAUUAGAGAGUUUAUCAAAGGAACUUGGACGUCAGAAAAACAUGAUGGAACAAGCUAUUGAAGAUCAGAAAAUAGCUGAUGAAGAGACAAUGAGACAAGAAAUGGUAGAAUUAGAGAAACAAGUUAAUCAAGCUAGAAGAGAACAGACCAAAGCUGUUGUUGCUUUAAGACAUAUUGAAAGGCAGAGCUUACGAGAGAAAGAAAGACUUAAUGAACAAAUUACAUUAAGUGAUAGUCACUAUAAUAAACAGAUAGAGAGAUUACAGCAACAAUUAAAAUCAAUUGAAAAGGAGAGGAACAUGAUGAUGGCAACAUUGCGUCAAGAAGGUCUAAUGAGUAAAGUCAAACAAGAUCGAGGGGAACCAAUUAUAUUUGUAGAAACUAAUAAACAAACAGAGGAACCUACGAAAUCUCAGGAAAAAGAAGAUGAGGUAACUGAAGAAACUGUCCAACCAAAGUCAAAUACAGAAGCUAUGAGUGAUGUUAUAGAAGAUUUGAAAUCUCUUGCAGCAGUAAUUGUUGAUGAUAAUAAUAGUGAUUCUGAUGACAGCAUGUCUUGAUAUUAAUCAAGUUACGAACCUGUAACUACCGAUACUAGCAUUUUAGAUACAUGGUUGCUAUGGACACCAGUUACUGUCAAUAGAUAUGAAAAGUUAUAUUUAGAACUGGAAGGUUAUUGUAUACCAGUCAAUAUGGAUAAGUUAAAAAAGUGUUCAUAGUAUUGACAACAGUAUCUAUGGAUAAACAAAAAUGUAACGAUGGAUAACAUCUGUCUUAGUGUUAUGUCGACUUUUACUGUGUUUGAACUAUGGAAGACUUAUUAUUUAUUAUACAUGUAAGAAGGUUUGAAUGAGAUAACAUGGCUGAAGAAUUUGUACAAAAUGUAAACCAAAUUUCUGUUGUAAAAACUACAAACUUACUGUGAUUUGUAUAUUAAUUAAGUGCUACACAUGUAUUAAAUAAUCCAAAUGA